GUUUUAAUAAGAUAUCUACGCUAAAUGAGCAUCCUAGUUGCGUCGCGAGAUCCUCAUUUAUUAAAUGUUUCGACGCUCUAAAUGGAGCAGCAUCUGCGGCAGCCGCGGCGCGAGAACGUGAGCACUCUGCUGGCGGUGGCCGCCACAAGCCCUCAGUUGCCCGCGAGACAGGGUCGGGGAGAGACGUCGUCGUGGCACUCGUCUGUUAACCCUUGUAGGUGAACUAUUCUUUCCACCGGACGCUCAGAGAACAAAGUUAUAAAGCAGACAUCCGGACAGUGUAGAUACACCUUGAGUACUGCUCGCGGUUUCCAUGUUCAUAAGCAAAUCGCAAACCUUUGCUGCUGGAGAAAACACCUGUUGCGUCGAUCGCCAGUGCGGGUACUGUGACGUCUCAAGUAAUGCUUGUCCCGCGGGUACUGUCCCGUGACAGUGGUCUGCGCGUAGAGACAAGUGCUAACCGCUGUAAAAUGUGACAUUUGGGCAAACAGUCAACACGCGGUCAUGAUGGGCUCGAGCACCUUACCCGCCACUAGCUUGAGCCCGACUCUCCGGCUGGCCACCAUGAACGGCUCAGUGGAUCUGGAAGCUGAGGAACUCAACAGCACAUGGCGCCUGGAGACAGGCCUCACCUCACUAAACACCAUCCUGGACGCCAACGGCUCUUUGUCGUGGACCAACUCAAGCCCAAGAGACAGCGACAUCCUUUCUUAUCCCACAACUCAAGCUAUUUUUUAUAUUGAAUAUUUAACCAUCUUCAUGUUGGGUGUAUUCGGAAACUGCCUUGUGUGUUACGUGGUGUUCCGGAAUAAGCACAUGCAGAACGUCACAAAUUACUUUAUCACCAACCUGGCCCUGGCUGACAUCCUGUUGUGCGUGCUGGCCGUGCCCUUCACGCCCUUCUACACCUUCAUGGGCGAGUGGAUGUUCGGACGGCUGCUGUGCCACCUGGUCACCAUGGCUCAAGGCACCAGUGUCUACGUGUCUACCCUCACACUCAUGUCCAUCGCCAUCGACCGCUUCUUCGUGAUAAUUUAUCCGUUCCGGCCUCGCCUCAGCCUCCCCGUCUGCUACAUGAUUAUCAUCAGCAUCUGGUUGUUCUCUAUCUCGGCCACGCUUCCCUAUGCCUUCUACAUGGGCAUGGUGGAAUACCAGGACCGCUCAUACUGCGAGGAACUCUGGCCAUCCGAGUUCAUCAGGCAGGUGUUCAGCGGCUUCACGGCCAUCAUGCAGUUUGUUGUUCCUUUCAUCAUUAUUCUCAUCUGUUAUGGCAAGAUCUCUAAUCGCAUGAACGAGCGCGUGCGAGCAAAGCCAGGCAGCAAGAGCUCUAAGCAGGAGGAAGCGGAUCGGGAGAGGAAGCGACGCACCAACAGGAUGCUCAUUGCGAUGGUGACGAUCUUCGGCGUGUCGUGGCUGCCCAUGAACGUGGUGCACCUGGUGGGCGACUACUACGCCCCAGCAAGCACCUGGAGCUACUACAACCUGUGCUUCUUUAUAACCCACGUGGUGGCGAUGUCCUCCACCUGCUACAACCCUUUCCUUUACGCUUGGCUCAACGAAAACUUCCGCAAAGAAUUCCAACUCGUAUUGCCAUGCUUCCAGCAGCCUCCUUCCACGGACCGCGUUGGCCAGUGGCGAUCAGAGAGGACCUGCAACGGCAAUGACACACAGGAGACGCUUCUACAGCCUGGCGCCGGCGAGGCCUCGGUUAGAUCUGUCAACCGGCAACUGUCAGCUAACAAAGAAGUACCAAACAGGACUGUGAUCCCGGCCACUGUGGAGACACACCCGAUGACCACCUUCGUGUCCCACACCAACGGCGACACUCCUGACCAAGCUGCGCAGCCCCUUGUCAACGGCGAGGCGUCCGAGUAUGUGUGAAUGCAGAUAAAUCGUAACGAGGUGAUACUGCCCGAGGAGCAAGCGCCACACCUGCUGCUGCCCACGCUACACCUGCCACGUCCUCGCCACCGCUGCAGCCACCGCCUGCGCUCCAGCCCAUCGUCCACCACGCCACCGAGGCAGCCGCAGACGCCAACCAACCCCUAAACAUGUACAACGGCCAAUACGCAGACUAAAAAUAUGCACUUCAGCUUUACGACAUCAAAUGCUACGUCGUUGCUCGUUCCUAUUCUGCUCUGUGACCAUAUCGUAUACUCCAUCUCCCACGUCCCUAAAAAUAAACACAAACGAACGAGUAACUACAGAGUACGAAUCCAACUUGCGAUCUGCAGUAGGUUCAUGACGCUGAACAUCACGAUCUUAAUAAUUACUGUUGUCACACCUGUCCAUAAACGAACCUACAUAGGAAAGUAUUCUUUCAUCAUACCAUCGUGUCAUAAAGGCCCUGUCCUCUCAAGCUCUUCUCUGCCACACCAGCAUAAUUAAUCAGUGUCAGUAUUAGGAACGAAAAAAAAUCUACUUCAGUCAAUGUCAGAACAGUCUGCAACCAUUAUCUAUUCCAGUACGAAGCCGACUCAGUGGACACUCACCAAUUAGUAUAAUUGAUACUGUUCUCCACGGUGAGUGGGUGUGUCAGACUCCUCGACACGAAGGUAAUGAUGCAAAAAGAAGAGCAUUAUCGCACCAGCGCUCCCUUGGGCCCUGUAGUUAGCCGGCAGCGGGCAGGUGGCCAUGAGUAACGCAUGAGGCGACAAAUCCUCCCCCUCCAGAAUUGAGCCUGUGUAAGGGACGCCAUCCCUCGGUACUCUGCUCUUAUUCCUCCCCAUCCACGCCCUGUAAAAUGGAUAGCUGCCUUUUUUGGCAGCAUUACGGUGCUACACUCGUGCACGUCAUGUGACUUUAAGGCCCAUUUACGAUGUACCAAAUUCUUAUUAUGUAUAUACUGUAUAAUUAAUAUCUAUAUCCUAUAUAGUUUAUGCUACAUUUAGACCUUAAAUAUUUGAAGGAUAGAUAUAUGAAUGUUUUCAGGACUCAGAUCUUGGCAGUGUUGGUACGGUCCGACCACCACACACUGAACUGACCCGUGGCGGUGAAACACUGGGAACACGAUUCAUGUUGCGGUAUGCUCAGAUGCUCUUUGUGUCUCACUUAGCUGUUCAAACUGUGUUUAUUUCUAUAUGCCGAUUAGUCCUGGUGCCGCAAGGUUGUCACGGAGCGAAGCCUUCGACAGUUGCCUCUACGGACUAAAGAAGUGACUAUCUCCCUAACAAAGUCACCAGCAGGGCAGCACGCAGCCGAGGCUCCUCCAUCCCGGGUAAGGUUCAACUGUGGCACAGGACGAGGUGGUGCCUUCUGCUGAAGGUUGAGUUUGAGCACGUGAGUGAGUGGCGUGUGUGCUUCUCUACGUUUGUUGUAAUGUUUUCAUGUACCGUAUGAACGACCGCCGCAUACGUUGGAAAGCAUCCCGAACCACACAAAGGUUACACGCUUCUACAUGUACGCCUAUAUACAUAUAUACAUAUAUAUAUACAUAUAAAUAUAUGCUUAAUUUAAGCAAAUGUAAUUAACCAAACCCAGGUAGUAAGUUAUGAUUGCCAGGCAGUCACAAACGACUAUGUCAUGAGCACCAAGGGGUGGCGGUCCUCGGGUCUACCUUUCCCAGUGGACCAGGCCCGACUCACCUUGGUUACUGAAAUGUUCACACGACUUCGGAAGAAGCAUGUUCAGAGUCACUGCUCAUGAACUGAGGACUCUUUUGGAACACUGUGUUGCUCAGGCUUGACAGACCCUGGCAGAAAUAAUCUAGGCAUAACAGUGGUUAUAGUGUGUUACAAGUUAUAAUGUUCUGACAACAAACCUAGGACUAUACUAUAUGUAAAAUAUUAUGUCAACGCCGACGUAGGUGUAGUUGUCAUCUCUUCGAAUUUGUCUUAGAUAAUAUUAGAAUAAUUUGCUACCACUGCGUUUGUUUGCGUGAAAUCACCAGAGGGGGCGGGUAGCGUGUUCCUCCACCUGCUCUCUACCUGCCCUCGCCACGCCCGUUCAGGCUCCAGUCACUUUCCUCGCAGAUCAUAUGUUCCCCUCUUCCACCCUAAUUAUUGUCCCUUUCACUGUCCGCAUCUCCUCUGCAAUUUUACUUUCCAUGAGUCUUCCUAUUCUUAUCUUUAUCACAGCCACAUCCUGAUAUCCACAAGCUCUCCUCCAAAACCUCAUGUCUUCCCGCUCCCUAGCCUCAAUCCGAGACAGCGUUGCAAGGAACCACAUCGUCCCCUGAGCCCCAGCUACGUAGCAGCUGCCCCGCACGUGUGGUUUCUUGGCGCCGCAUAAAAAUAAACGUGUAUGUAGUUGUAACACGUCCUAGCAGCCGUAUCCUAUAGCUCUUCCGUAGCUGCAUCUGCUCCACAUUCGUUGCCGUUCAGUAUCCUGUUACCUGCACGCUAUAUGUCUACGCCCCGACACGAAGCUGUACGUAGAUGACCUGUGAAUCUCUCAUUGUUCUCCGUCACGGCCCAGAGUCCCAAACGUGGUGCGUUGCUAUCCUCCUUUCACACUCGUAUAGCAGCCAUGACCCGUGACCAGGACGCCGCCGCCUUCGUUGCCGCUUGUUACUCUGUUUUCUUGUACAUUAGUCAGUUUUCCUUGCCACGAAAACCUAAUAAGUACCUUCAGUCAUACUAUAUUCACUCUCUCCUACACCUUCUCCUCGUCCACUUCUCUCUAUUCAUAUCCCUACCUUCACGCCCAAAAUACGUACCCAUCCUCCCUCCUACUCCUCCUACAGACUCGUUCAUCCCAGUCUGACCUUUCCAUUCCUCCUUCGGACUCACGCACUUGCUCCCCUCAUGAUGAAACUUCGCAAUCCAACUGAAAGCUUUCCCCGCGCGUCACCUCCCAUCAUUCAGGAAACUUCAUACAUCAGGCAACAGUCAAAGAGGAAAGCGCACUUUUCUCACUGUUUUAUGCAUAUGAGACGAGACUUGCACCGUAACAAGCCGCCUUCAAGGUAAAGCAAGGAUGUACAUUAGUUCUUUAUGUCCUUACAAGGCUCCAGAGUGACAAGCUCGAUUAUUCACACACACACACACACACACACACACACACACACACACACACACACACACACACACACACACACACACACACACACAGACACACACACACACACACAAGGUUCUCGUGUCAGUUACCUACACCAUCAAGAGUAUCUGGUAUUGCAUAUAUCACUGAAGUAACAUAUCUCAGCAAUAACUUGACAGCAGACGAGCCGCCACCUUCAUUUAAAUAUACCAACACUGCAUCAUCCAACGAGACGCCACUUUCCUUUCCCUUCUUUUAUUUUCCCUUCUUUUCUCCUCCCUUCCACUUCCGUCAUUGUAAUGUUUGUUGUCUGUAUCCCCAUAAUGUUAUCACUGUUUAAUAAAGUACUUAGAGAUAA